GUACGUAGCCCUCCGCGGGCCGCGCCGCACCAUGUUCCGCGGACCCCAGCGCUUCAUCAAGGUCUCGGUGGCGCCGGUCGCUACCCUGGCUGUUGCUCUGCUUUCGUCGGUCUCGCGCUGCUCCCUCCUGGAGCCGGAGGACCUCGCGGUUUCGGCGCUCAGCCCCUACUUCGGUACCAAGACCCGCUACGAGGAUGCCAACCCCGGGCUGCUGCCGGACCCCGAGGCGCCGCGGAGGGACCCCGAGCUGCUGGAGGACACGUGCACCCCAGUGCAGCUGGUGGCCCUCAUUCGGCACGGCACCCGCUACCCUACGGCCAAGCAGAUCCGCAAGCUGCGGCAGCUGCAUGGGCUGCUGCAGGCCCGCGGGCCGAGCGACGGGCGCGCUGGCUCCGCGGGCGGCCGGGACCUGGGCGCCGCGCUGGCCGACUGGCCGCUGUGGUACGCGGACUGGAUGGACGGGCAGCUGGUGGAGAAGGGGCGGCAGGACAUGCGACAGCUGGCGCUGCGCCUAGCCUCCCUCUUCCCGGCUCUCUUUAGCCUCGAGAACUACAGCCGCCUGCAGCUGGUCACCAGCUCCAAACACCGCUGCGUCGACAGCGGCGCCGCCUUCCUGCAGGGGCUGUGGCAGCACUACCAUCCCGGCCUGCCGCCACCCGACGUCGCAGACAUGGAGUGUGGACCUCCAAGAAUUAAUGAUAAACUAAUGAGAUUCUUUGAUCAUUGUGAGAAGUUUUUAACUGAAGUGGAAAAGAAUGCUACAGCUCUUUAUCAUGUAGAAGCUUUCAAAACUGGACCAGAAAUGCAGAACAUUUUAAAAAAGGUUGCAGCUACUUUGCAGGUGCCAGUCAGCAAUUUAAAUGCAGAUUUAAUUCAGGUAGCUUUUUUUACCUGUUCAUUUGACCUGGCAAUUAAAGGUGUUAAAUCUCCUUGGUGUGAUGUUUUUGACAUAGAUGACGCAAAGGUAUUAGAAUAUUUAAAUGAUCUGAAGCAAUAUUGGAAAAGAGGAUAUGGGUAUACUAUUAAUAGUCGAUCCAGCUGCACCCUGUUUCAGGAUAUCUUCCAGCACUUGGACAAAGCAGUUGAACAGAAACAAAGGUCUCAGCCAAUUUCCUCUCCAGUCAUCCUUCAGUUUGGUCAUGCAGAGACCCUUCUGCCACUGCUCUCUCUCAUGGGCUACUUCAAAGACAAGGAGCCCCUAACAGCUUACAAUUAUAAGGAACAGUUGCAUCGCAAGUUCCGGAGUGGCCAUAUCGUGCCCUACGCCUCGAACCUAAUAUUUGUGCUUUACCACUGUACAAAUGCUAAGACUCCUAAGGAGGAAUUUCGAGUGCAAAUGCUGUUGAAUGAGAAGGUGUUACCGUUGGCUUACUCCCAGGAAACUGCCUCCUUGUACGAGGAUCUGAAGGACCACUACAAGGGCAUCCUUCAGAGCUGCCAUGCCAGUGAAGACUGUGGAUUACCAAAGGUGAACAACGCGGCUGACGAGCUCUGA